AUGGACCACACAACAACCGACCCAACAAAACUCUUCUCCGUCAAAGGCAUCGUCGCCGUAAUCACCGGCGGCGGAACAGGUCUCGGCCUCAUGCUCACAAAAACCCUGGCCUCCAACUCCGCCUCCAAAAUCUACAUAAUCGGCCGGCGCCCUGAAAAACUCCACGCCGCCGUCACAGCAACCUCCAUCAACGGAAACGUAAUCCCCAUCGUCGGCGACGUCACCUCCAAAGCCUCCCUCACCGCCAUCGCCUCACAAAUCAAGUCCGAAACGGGGUACAUAAACCUCCUAAUCUCGAACUCCGGGUACUACCCAACCCCGCGUCUGAACCCAAAAGGCCUCGCCUCGUCGGGCGCCUCGCUCGAGGAGUUCGCGGACGCGGCGAUGGCGCAGGACCCGGAGGCGUGGGAGAGGGGGUUCGCGACGAAUACGACGGCGGUGGCGUUUACGACGUUCGCGUUUUUGAAAUUGUUGGGGGAGGGGAAUAAACCGCAAAACCAAUUCAGCCCGGGGGUGAAAUCGCAGGUUCUCGUCACGACGAGUAUCGCGGGGUAUAUUCGCAAUACGGAGUGUUAUGCCCUGACCAAAGCUGCGACGACGCACCUGAUAAAAUCUCUGGCGUUGAAUCUGGCGCCGUACGAGAUUCGGAUGAAUGGGCUCGCGCCGGGGUUGUUUCCGACGGAUUUGGCGGAGGGGUUGUUCGAUAAAUCGGAGGAUCCUAGUGUGGAGGGCGCGUUUCCGAAGAGUUUUGUCCCCGCGGAGAGGUUGGGGGCGACGAGCGAUAUGGCGGGGUUUGUGUUGUAUGCGGCGGGUCAGGCGGGGGCGUAUUUGAAUGGGAAUAUUAUGGUUUUGGAUGGGGGGAGGAUGAGUUUGAUGCCGACUUCGUAUUAG